GAUUUUUACAAAAUACAAUGUCUAAUGGUUAUGAAGACCACAUGGCCGAAGACUGCAGGGACGACAUUGGGAGAACGAAUCUAAUUGUCAACUAUCUCCCCCAGAACAUGACCCAGGAGGAGCUACGGAGUCUGUUUAGCAGCAUUGGCGAAGUUGAAUCUGCAAAACUCAUUCGGGAUAAAGUAGCAGGACACAGCUUGGGCUAUGGCUUUGUGAACUACGUGACUGCAAAGGACGCGGAGAGAGCGAUCAGCACGCUGAAUGGCCUGAGGCUCCAGUCAAAAACCAUUAAGGUGUCAUAUGCUCGCCCGAGCUCAGAGGUCAUCAAAGAUGCCAAUUUAUACAUCAGCGGGCUCCCAAGGACCAUGACCCAGAAGGAUGUGGAGGACAUGUUCUCUCGGUUUGGGCGAAUCAUCAACUCCCGGGUCCUUGUGGAUCAGACCACAGGUUUGUCCAGAGGGGUUGCGUUUAUCCGGUUUGACAAACGAUCGGAAGCAGAAGAGGCAAUUACCAGUUUCAAUGGUCAUAAACCCCCAGGUUCCUCCGAGCCCAUCACAGUGAAGUUUGCAGCCAAUCCCAACCAGAACAAAAACAUGGCGCUCCUCUCCCAGCUGUACCACUCGCCCGCAAGGCGGUUUGGAGGCCCCGUGCACCACCAGGCACAGAGAUUCAGGUUCUCCCCUAUGGGUGUAGAUCACAUGAGCGGGAUUUCUGGUGUCAAUGUCCCCGGAAACGCAUCUUCGGGCUGGUGCAUCUUCAUCUACAACCUGGGGCAAGACGCGGAUGAGGGCAUCCUCUGGCAGAUGUUUGGCCCCUUUGGCGCCGUCACCAAUGUGAAAGUGAUUCGUGAUUUCAACACCAACAAGUGCAAAGGGUUUGGUUUUGUGACCAUGACAAACUAUGAAGAAGCUGCAAUGGCCAUAGCAAGUCUGAAUGGCUACCGCCUGGGGGACAAAAUCUUACAGGUUUCCUUCAAAACCAACAAGUCCCACAAAUAACUCGCUCAUGCUUUUUUUUUGUACGGAAUAGAUAAUUAAGAGUGAAGAAGUUGAAACUUUUUUGUUAGUGUACAACUCAUUUUGCGCCAAUUUUCACAAGUGUUUGUCUUAGCCUAAAUGAGAAGUGAAAAGGUUUUUAUACUCUGGGAUGCAACCGACAUGUUCAAAUGUUUGAAAUCCCACAAUGUUAGACCAAUUUUAAGUUUCUUAAGUUAUUUCCUUUAAAAUCUAUAUUAAACAGAAACCUAAGUAGACUGCAUUGACUAACCAGUCCCUCUGGAUGGUGGUGGAACCGAAGCAUGCUUUAACACUCGUCACUCGCUGUCUCCACAAACUGGAUUUUAACCAACGAUCCUUUAGUUUUAGUUUUUCAUCUAAAGAUGUUAGACAGAUUCCAAGUGUGCAGUUUUCUUUUUUUUUUCUUUUUUUCUUUUUUGUUUUGGUUUGGUUUUUUGUUUUUGUUUUUGUUUUUAAGUGAUUUAUGCUUUGGUUGACAGGAAAUUGAUUUCUCAAGGGGUCCCGCUGCCACCUCCUGCUCACUCAGUCCCGGGCUCUGCCGAAGUCCUAGAGGUGGCAACAAGACCUGUCCCGGGUGGGUCACCGCCACAGAGGGCUCCCACUGGGAGCCACCCACUGGGCCUGCCCAGCCCCUUCUGAGGACACAAAGGUGUUCCCUACGCCUGGGCACCAAUGGGAACGGACCAAAGAGUUUCAAGGAAACUCCAGUAUAUUCCAGAGUCAGACCUGAGCUCCAGGCACACCUGAAGAUGUGUUGCUCCUCUGACACCCCCAGUUUCUGUCCCCACAUUGCAUGCACAAGUGCCCCACACAUCGGAUACUGUUGUUCACCAUUUUUCCUGUUUCCAAGAGCAUUUAACACAGCUCGAAUGCGCAAGAUAACUGAUUGUUAACAACACGUAAACAUUUGAGCAUUGUAUUUCUCGCAUCCCUCCUUGUGAGCGCUAGACUUUUUUUCUAUCUUAGUCAGAUUUCAUUUUGGAACUUUGCUUUCGUAUGGACACUCAGCAGAAAAGUACUUCUUGCCAGUUAUCUAUUAACAAAAAACAAAAAAAAAAAAACCUUUGAUUUGUAGUUUUAAAGAUUAACCCUCAAAAGUUCUCUUUAUAACUGCCUUGACGUUUGGGGUUGUUCUGUUCUGUUAAUUUUCUUUUGCUUUUUUGUGUUUUUUGUUUGUUUUUACUUUUGCAUUUAAGACCAUUAAAUUUGAUUUUGU